UGCAAUUACUGAAAGAUGGUUGGCUGCCUGCCUGUCCACCUGUCCGUGACUAAUGAACUGGAACCUGAGGUUCAACACGUCUCUAAGGCACUGGGCAGCUUUUACUUUGUACAUGAGUCUAUACGAAAUGCAUCAAUAUAUGAUUGGCAAGCACGGAAGUUCCGAUCUCUCUCAGGACGCGAGGUUUACAAGGGGAACAUCAACUCAAUUCCCUUCAAGCACAAAGAAAAGUACCCGCAGGAUUUUUUUCCUAACUUUAGAUGGUCUAGAAAGGGCUUCCUUCGGACACGUUGGAGCAUAUGUGAUAGCAUAUUUGACUUAGUGAACAUCCACCUAUUCCAUGAUGCUUCCAACCUCAUUGCAGUAGAGACCUGGCCAUCAGCCUACAGUAAUUACAGACAUCGAGCAUUGGAGCACACUCUCAAAAGAAUUAGUGAAGACAAGCAUGAGAAGGUUCCCCAUUUCAUCUUUGGUGACUUCAACUUCAGAUUGGACACUCAAAGUGUGGUAAAGUCUCUGUGUGCAACGGCAAAGGAAGAGAGGAUUGGGAAUGACGGCCAGAUCAAGAGACUGGUGUACAAGGAAGAAGGCAGUGAGAAUGGAAAGGUGGUGCUGACCCUGGAGAAGAAGGUGUUUGACCACUUCAACCAGGAAGUCUUUAUCAAUGACUUUAAAUGGCUGCAUCAGUUUGACAAGGAGCCGAAGCGGUUUGCAGACAGGCUACAGGAGCUGGACAUAACUUUCCCACCUAGCUAUCCCUUCAGUGAGGAUGUGAGAGAAGGCAGACAGUACAUGAAGACUCGCUGCCCUGCCUGGUGUGACAGAAUACUACUGUCUCAGUCUGCAAGGGACCUCAUUCAGCGUGGAGAUGAGUACAGUCCUGUGUACCACGUCAUGGGCUCCAACGUGUGUAUGGGCGAUCAUAAGCCCAUAUACCUGUACUUUCGGCUGGUUCCUGACACAGGUAAAAGUCGACAUAGGCAGAGGCGAAAGGCCAGUUGUGUUGUGUUGUGAUCGUGACAGCACGAUAGGCCAGAUAUCUGUCACGCUCCCGUACCCACCCCAACGGUUUCUCCACCGCGCCCCUGAUCAUCCGUGAAACGUCAGUGUAACCUGUACUCGUGGAAACCCCGUUAAGGACGCGAUAGAUGGAUGUAUUUGUUGUCAUUGUGGCCAAACUUAUGGGUGUAUCAGGUUUUAGUGUUAAAGUGGAUAAAGAGCAUUUGGUGUGUAUAUAUACUUAAUAUAUGAAUAUAUAUAUAAACGAUAAGAAAGAAAGCAUUCAGAUACAUUCUGUGUCUAGGUGUAAGCUGUGAAAACAUGAUUUUUUGCCAAUAUGAGAAGAUAACGAAUGAUGAGAAAGUGGAUAGAUGGUGACAAAAAUGUCCAAUAUUUAAAAGUCCCUCAUGUUCCCAACACAAUGCCCCAACACAAACAACAGUCACACUUUUGUCUGCUGUUACAGUACCGACUUCUCAUCCAACUUGAUGCUAAGUGCUCAAGUCUGGUGCUGUCCCAUAUCACAGCUUGCCAGGCAGCAUAGUCCAUAGCUGUGGCUCCAUCUGACCCUCACCAACAAAGCUAGGCCUUCAAACCUUGAAUUUCCAACGUUUCCACACUACCUGAUUACUAAGAGACAAAGUGUAGUGUCUGCUUGCAUGUAGUCAAAGGAAAGACAUUAGUCCGUUUAGGUCAGUUUUGUCAUUUCGGUUUUUUUUUUAUGAAAAAAAUACAAACAAACAUUUGUGGGCAUGUUGUGCAAAUUGUGCAAUCCAUUAGAUAAUUUGUCAAUCAUGUAUGUUUUUUUACUGAAUCGCUUAAUUAUAAGGCCCGUGACAUCUGCAAAUGCACCUGGAACCCUAUGAAGCCCCACUAGCACCUGUCCUGUUAUACCUGUUUUCAAUUUGCACUUACGUGUGAAAAAGUUACUCUGGCGAAUAUGAAAUCUUCAGUAUUGUUAUUUCAAUUAACUGCAGUAAAUGAUAACAAUGCAAAGCACAAAGACUUUCACUUGAUAGGGAACAAUGUCUAUCUUGUUUUUUGGAAUUUUAAAUUUGUAAGUUAGUAAUUUGUAAAUAUGAGAAGCAUUUUAGCCCUUACCUUAAUACUCCUGAAUGAUAUGGAGAUUUUAAAUGAUAAAUUAAUUAAGAGAUAUGUGAAAAGAAUUUUUUUAGUUAUGUAGUUCAACAGUUUGUAUGAAACAUUUCUAAAUCCCUUUUUUAGUUAUUUUCAAACCAUAACCAGAAAUGUAAGUUCUUUAGAGCCUGCACUGAAGUGACUAGAUUGAUUGAAGAAUCCUACAUUAUUUUGCUACAGCACUGCAUCAUCAGUAUCCCUCUAAUGUGCCCCCUCCCUCUUUUCUCACAUCGUAAAUCACACCAACAUGUAUGAGGUUAUGUACUUGACAGGGGUCUGGUCUCCCCUUUGUUCUAGAAUGGAAAGUUCCAUGCAACAGAUGUGUGUUAAAAACGGUGGUCACACCCCUUCACACUUCAGACAAUGCCUCACAUAUGGCACGGUAACCCAUGUCGAAUCUGUUCGAGUGGUAACUGCCCACAGUGACAGAUCUUUCCUAACAACACCACACUGGAAAGAGACAAAAUAUUGUUCUGUGGUCAAGCUAUUCUGUCUUCUUGUCAGGCAGAGAAUUUGGGCCUUUUUAUUUGGAGAAAGGUGAGAGGGGGUAGACAUAUUCUAGAAGGCCUGUUAAAUGUACCAUUUUCAGGGAAUGUUCAAGCCAGAUUGCUUCAUUUAGAUGUAUGAGAGUGAAGUUUUAUAUCAAGUUGGCCCUAUUCUCACUUUCAAUGUGUAUAUGUCAAACUGUCUGCAGGAUUAGAAUCAAAGGGGUGUGCAAGUGUGCUCAGUAGUAAUGGUUUUAACCUAUUCAAUAGUUAAACAAAAGACUGUUUUUAACCUUCAUUUUUAAUGGUACAAGCUCCUUAUUUUACCCACCCCUUUCAUGGUCGACUGUCUAUCCCACCUAUGUACAGGAAUAUGCACCCUUUGAAAAAAUAUGAUGACUGGAAAGGGAUUAAGUGUAUACGGAGAUUUAUGCAGACAUGACACUAUAAAGCCAAGAAUAUUGUACAUAUUUUCACAAAAGAAGAAGCCAUCUUUACAUACAUCUUACUAUCAGGAUCUCCUUAAGAUACUCGAACACGAUUGAAGGGGGACUAAUGACUUCUCAUGAUUGAAAAUAGUAAUCAAGCGCAAGAAAUACUGGGGUAUUUUGGUGUUGUGUAUGUGAUAGCUAUACAGAUGUGUUAGCAUGUAUGGUAAUCUAUGCAUCAUGUUAAAUGUUUCUGCUGUCCUGAGAUAGUUCUUGUCGUUAUUGUGUCCAUGGUGAUAGAGGUAAUGUUGUCCUAAUCUCUCAUUACUUCUGCAGUAGAGUUGCUAGUGUAAGGUCAUUGUGUGUAAAAUAUAUACCUGUACCCUUUCAGAUUGGCAGAUUUCACUUACGGAAAUGAUCAUUAAACCUUGUUCUAUUUUGCCCACAGACCUGUAAAAAUUUGUCACCAAGUUCCCAUUUUAUUCCAAACAUUGCAGUACACUUGAGUGUAGACAUAUUAAUCAGAGGUGUAUAAGAUUAUUUGCGGUAUAGUGUAAUCAAGACAGGAUUUGCCAUGUGUAAUUGUUGUGUGUAUGAUAUGUAACAUUUGUUAUGUCUAAUUGAUCAUCAUCAUAAGUAUACACCAAGGGAUACCAUAACAGGAUGACACUGUGUAGUUAUGUUUUAAUCCUCAUAGAUGAAUACUCUGCCUAAUUAUAAACAAUUCAUCACAAAUGUCAGAUACCGUUAGAGGACCCCAGUCUUGCUUUUGAGAAAUGUUUUGUGUUAGAACAGAAAAUUUUACAAUUGCUGAUAACUACUGUUAUGUAAAUGUAAUGAAAAGCUUCUGUAUUUAAGCUUAUGAAAUCAAAGAAACCAAAACCAGUGCUAAAUCAAAUGUGCAAGAAAUCCUACAUGGCAGUGUUAAUUCCUAGCGUAUUACUACUCUCAUCCCCCACCCCAACCAAACUGGUGUGCAUAGAAUUCAGCUUAACUCUGAAAUGAUACAAUUAAAAAGGCCCAUGCACAUUAAGAUGGUAAAGCCAUGACUCAGGCCCACAUCAUUCUGGUGAUGUACCAAAGGUUUUUAUUUUAAACUCCAUUUUAGUAUAUUUGUAGUUUCUUUCAUCAACACACCCUUUAGUCUACGCAAAAUCGUUCCCAUUUCUUUGUAUUUUGAAUUAAUAUAUGUCAACACGAUUGUUUAUGUUUUUUGUAUUUUCACCCAAACAAUCAUUUUAAUCAAAUCUGCAUUUUGUAAUACGUUGGUGCAUGUAUUUAAGUAUAUUUUACAAGACGUCGUAUUGGUGCAGUUUUUUUCAUACAAACGUUUUCAUUCUUCACAUUAACUUAUGUCAAUGUACUAGUAUAUGUCACGUGUCUGGUUGUUAAGUCUGGCUUGUUGUCAACAAUGUGAUUGGCUGAUACACAAUGUCUAAUGGAAACUUUUGUUCACAUUCCCUUCGCCACUAAAAACCAUCACGACUCGUGUCUAUUUCAUUGUUGGUAAGCCAAUCAUCUUUGGACUGUAAUAACCAACUUUCGCAAGCUUUGAUUUCACAAUCCAGACAUUUAGAGCUUACUACCACUACGUUUUAGUGCGUACAUUUUCUUCUCGUCCACUGCAUGUAUACCAUACCAUUAUUUUUCAUUCUGUAAGGACGUUUCUGAUUGUAAAUAUUGUUUUAACUUCAUAUUGUAAGCAAGAAAACGACGUCGUAUAUAAACAGCCUGUUAUUUUUCUAGGCAGAAAGA